AUGGCCAUGAAAGCUAACAUGGUAGAAGAAGCACCUCCUCAAGAGAAGCAGCCCGUAUGUGACCGAUGCCAUGAUUUGCAACACUACAGCACAAAAAGCGAUACAGCAAAGCUCCCCAUGUAUCACCCUACUGUCGAGUCGCUGCGCGAAACGAUCGAAGAGUCACCACACAAAUACAACCACAUAUACCAUAUUAUCGACGCAGCCGAUUUCCCCAUGUCGCUCAUCCCUCGACUUAACGUUCUUCUGGGCGAUAUCCCCAUCAGAACCCGCAACCGACGAUCGCGAGCCAGCAAAUUCCAGCAUGAUCGCAAGACAGAACUCAGCUUUAUCAUCACACGAGGUGAUCUUCUGGGACCCAAGAAAGAAAUGGUGGAUACCAUGAUGCCGUACCUGCGCGAAGUGCUGAGAGAUGCUCUGGGAAGACUCGGAAGUAGAGUUCGUCUUGGCAAUGUCCGAUGUGUUAGCGCAAAGCGGUCUUGGUGGUGCAAGGAGGUCAGGCAAGACAUCUGGGAACGUGGAGGUGCGGGUUGGAUGGUUGGAAAGGUCAAUGUGGGUAAGAGUCAGCUGUUCGAAGCUGUAUAUCCCAAGGGCAGGAUGGGACCAGUGACUGACAAUGGGCGAAUAUCGACAUAUCCCCGAGAAGUCCUGAAUGCAGAAUCGAUUGCUGCAGAGCCUAUUCAGGACAAGGAUGUUGAUGUUGGAGACUUGUUACCACCUCCUCAACCACCCCGGAAUUAUCCCGACAUGCCUCUGGUAUCAUCUCUGCCCGGUACAACUGCUUCUCCUAUUCGAAUCCCAUUCGGAAAUGGAAAGGGCGAGUUAAUCGAUCUUCCUGGUUUGGCACGCAGCGACUUGGAACUUUUCGUGAAAGAGGAGGACCGACAGUCGACGAUUAUGAAGAGCCGGAUUAUACCUGAGCAGAUCUCCAUGACUCCUGGCAAAUCGCUCAUCCUUGGUGGUGGUCUAAUUCGCAUCACACCCAAGGAUCCCAAUCUGGUAAUCUUGGCUUACAAUUUCACGCCUUUGGAAGAUCAUCUCACCCAAACCGACAAGGCCAUUGCUUUUCAGGAUCAGACAAGGGAGUCUGCUGGUGUGCCGAGCAUCAUGCUUCCCGGUAUCGGAGACAAGAUGAAGCAUGCUGGAACAUUCAAACUGUCGCACGAUGUCACAAAGAAGAGAGCAGGCCCUCUUACAAGGAAAAAUGCGAUCGGUCUUAAUGUCGACAGGCUGCCCUUCCGAGUUUUGUCUACAGAUAUCCUCAUCGAAGGUGUGGGCUAUGUUGAGCUUGUCGCACAAGUCCGUGCUCGCGAUGUCGCUCUCAAGGUUUUCGACCAACAACAACAACGAAUUAGAGCUGACGAGAAUGUUUGGAAAAAGCCAGUUGAUACUUCUGACCCUUUCGCCGCCAUGAAGUUUCAACGAAGAGAUACAGCGCCCGUUGUACAGACGAGGCGCAAGGAACCCGAGCCCCCAUUGGAUCCUGGGUGGCCAGCGGUUGACGUCUUUAGCCCUGAAGGUCGGUUCAUCGGUUCUCGCCAACCUAUUCACGGAUGGUUGAACAACAAACCCCGUGUGUUGAAAGAGCAUAGGAAGAGCCGACAUCGAAGGAGUAUGAAGGGUGCGAAAAAGAAGGACAAGUUUGAGAAGAGGGCAGCAAACUGA